AUUCGAUUACGUUUCGAAUUCCGGUUGCAUCCCACCACCACCCACCAACCCCAUCAACCCCACCCAACAAGGAUGAAGCGUCCUCUGACCAGAGUGUUGAGCUCUCUGCAUCGUCAUGACUACAAGGCCAACAUCAACAGGCAUCAUCAAUAUAUAGACUAUUGCCGAGGAUGGGCUUGGCAGCAAGUACUAUUGACGCAACGUCUUGCUGCCAGGAAGCUCCAAGAAAAUGAAACCACGGCUCACGACAUCGACAGUAUCUUGCUACUGGAGCAUGCCCCAGUUUACACACUGGGAAGAGGAGCCAGUGAAGACCAUUUACUCUUUCUCAACAACGACAAUGACGACUACAACAAAAACAAUAGUCACGAUGUCCAUAGAUUAUCACGGAAAUAUCGUGGCGCGGACUCGCCGCGACUUGUCAUGAAUGAUCGAAAAUCGUUGGAAGAAAUGCUGCAACAUCAAACACCACAAGAUGCAGUUUCCACAUUGGCAUCCUUGUCUACUCCUGUACUGGCACCCAAUGGCGUCCCAAUCUAUCGAGUGGAUCGAGGAGGAGAAGUCACAUUUCAUGGACCAUCUCAGCUUGUGGUAUAUCCCAUCUUUGAUCUCAAGCAAGAACCAUUCAAGGCCGAUUUGCAUUGGUUUCUGAGACAGGUGGAAGAAGUUGUCAUUCAAACCUUGCAACACUAUGAAAUUGAAGGGGGAAGAGAUGAAAUCAAUUCAGGCGUGUGGGUUGGCCAGAACAAGAUUGCUGCCAUUGGAGUAUCAGCCACAAGUUGGAUAUCUUCCCAUGGUUUUUCAUUGAAUGUCAGCCCUAAUCUGGACUAUUUUGACACGUCACUCAUUCUUCCAUGUGGAAUUGAAGGGAGAGGGGUUACCAGCAUCGAACGAGAACUUUUGCAACAGCAAAACAGGGUAGCUCCAACAGUUGUUGGCGUUGCGGAUGUGGCGCUGCAAAAGAUUGGAUCAGUUUUUGGAAUUGAAGUAGGCCAGUCUAGUCCCAUAGAUUACUACUAGUAGCUGGCUGGCUAGCUAGCUAGCCAAGCAACUUUAGAAAUACCGAAAGCUGGAUGCUUGAGAGCAGGGGAUGAUUCAUGAUAUCUAUUCUGCAAGUAGUCUAGUUGCUACUGUAGUGCGUCAUCGGAGGACAAAACUACACACUCUUCUCGUUCAAUUAAUUGAAACACGAAGCAGUCAGCUCUACCGGUAGCUGUCAAGCCAGAAUCUGGCUACUAGCUAGCCAGCCAGUGCCAGUGGUUCUUAUGAUUGAAUUACACGUACAUGCAUGGUACCGGUAUUGCAUCAACGCACUGGAUUGCCCCGACCUCUAGCUAGACUAGACUACUCGAUCCCCUCUGAUAAACACUGAACACUGAAUACUCUGCAUAGCCAGCUAGCUAGAGCCAGUAGCAUUGUAGCAUUGAGCAAUGCAAAAUGCUUACCGGAGCCAAUUUUAAUAGCUGGUCAGUAGCUGCCUAUCGCUAUGACAGCCAUAAUGUAGUGAGGUCAUCACUGUUCCGAUUUUCCUCAUGGCAGUUGGUACCGAAACCUUGCGCAAUGACAACACAGUCCUCUAAAACCAACUUUGGAUGAGUUUGGCAUCUGACCAGUAGAGAUCCGGGUGGUGCCACUGGUGCUUUCCCUUAUCUCAGUGUCCAAGUCCUCGUUGUUACGCCAGUCCAUGCUUUCCAACAGCAUGGCCUUGUCAUCACUGGGCUUAGCUAAUAGACUGUUAGGAGUACAGGGCGUAAAAGCAACUGUAAAAGCUCGCUUUUGUGUCGGUGUCUACGUGGUGCAGUUCCCAGCUGUUUCCCGCUGUUUUCUAUUACUGGCUGGUUCUGGUCUGGGCAUGCCCCAAGCUUCCGCCUUCCGACAUGGCCUGCAUGCCGGUACCGAUAGCCUGCCUUCCGAUCCAGCUAGAAAGAGCACUGGACUUUAAUGCAUUCCAAGAAGAGAAGUCAUUGAGAAUUUACUUUGUAAGAAAGAGCUGUUUCGAGAGGCAAACUUUACAGGCACAUUGAUAUGUUACUCGUACUCUUGGCUUCACAGAAGACCAUCGAAUGUUCACUUUGUGGUUCUAUCUGUUUCUGAAGUCAAGCUUUUGACGAUUGUGCGCAGAAAUGUCCAGACAACCAUAAGAGCUUACGUAAAAAUCUUACCAAGUUUCUAUUCUUGGUCAUGCGACUUACGUAGUUGUCCCUUUUGUGCACACAGUUAAAUCCAUGUACACACGCAAAAUGGCCGUGUAUCACACUUCCCUUUGCUUUCGUUAUUUCUCUCUGCCUUUUGCAGUGCAAGCAGCUUCUGAGCUGCACUUUCCUUUGAAUAGGGCCUCUUUACAUUAUUUGUUCAGAAAACGUAAAAUUAGCUUCAAAUUGGUGGAAGUGUGAG